AUGUUUGGAAUGAAAGAUCGAUAUUUCGGGUUACGUGGAGGGUGGUUGACAUUUUGGAUGACCGUGGCCUGCGGCACGGACAUGACUUUGUUCGGCUAUGACCAGGGUGUCUUUGGCGGUGUCAUUGUCACCCAGGACUUUCUGCAACAAUUGGGCAUCCAGGACAAUAAAUCACUCCAGGGCACUGUCACAGCCAUCUAUGACAUCGGAUGUUUCUUUGGGGCAAUCUCGGCGUACUUUCUUGGAGACAUAAUCGGACGCAAAAAGACCAUUCUUCUAGGCACCACAAUUAUGAGCAUCGGCGCCAUUCUGCAAAUCACCGCCUAUGGAGUUCCUCAUAUGAUCGUCGGACGCAUUAUUGGCGGCAUCGGGAACGGUCUGAAUACAUCAACGGCUCCCGUAUGGCAAUCUGAAACCUCCAAGAUGGCCUGGAGAGGCAAGCUCAUUGUUAUUGAGCUCAUCCUGAAUAUCGCAGGCUUCAGUCUAUCCAACUGGGUUACCUACGGAUUCAGUUUCUUGCCUGGAGCCGUGGCUUGGCGAAUCCCGUUGGCAUUGCAGUUCAUCUUCAUCGCGAUCCUCUACUGUACCGUCCCUUGGCUACCGGAAUCGCCCAGAUGGUUGGUUCAGAAGCACCGCAUCGAAGAAGCCGAGCUUAUUCUGGCGGAUAUCGAAGGCACCUCGAUCGAAGACCCGUAUGUUCAGACGGAGCUGAGUGAGAUCAAAUUCUCCACUGCCUAUGAGAGAGAGCACUCGGUCCGCAUUCGAGACUUGAUAAUGGGAAAGAAGACAGAUGGGCAAGGAACGGCGACACUUCGCAGGGUUUUCUUGGGGAUGGGAGCACAGGCCAUGCAACAACUUUCUGGCAUAAACGUAACCUCCUAUUACCUCCCAACAGUCCUCAUCGAAUCCGUCGGUUUCGGCGAAUCCAUGGCCCGUCUCCUCGCAGCCUGCAACAGCGUCUCAUACCUCCUAUUCUCCCUCAUCGGAAUUCCCAACGUCGAGCGAUGGGGUCGUCGAAAAAUGCUCAUGUACGCCGCUGCAGGCCAAUGUUUCUGCUACCUAAUGAUCACGAUUCUGCUCGCCCUCGCCGAUAAUCCUACCAGACCUUCCGCGGACAAAUUCGCAAGUGCCUCCGUGGCGUUCUUCUUCCUAUACUACGUAUUCUUUGGGAUUGGAUUCCAGGGUGUCCCUUGGCUAUAUCCUAGUGAAAUUAACGGUCUCGCUAUGAGGAACAAAGGAGCUGCACUAGGAACCGCAACGAAUUGGAUAUUCAACUUCAUGGUGGUCGAAGUGACUCCAAUCGGGAUUGCGAAUCUUGGAUGGCAGUUCUAUAUCGUAUGGAUGGUCUUCAACUUCAGCUUCGUCCCUAUUGUCUACCUCUUCUACCCAGAAACUGCAGGUCGCACCCUGGAAGAUCUCGAUCGAUACUUUGCCUCUCCAGCCGGCAAAAAGAUCAUCGUGUGCAGAGAUAAAGUCGCCACGAAUUCCAAGCGUCCAUUGGAGUACAUCGAAAGAGAAGAGAUGCAAGUUCGGAGAAAUUCUUCUGUGAAUCCGCAAGCGGCGAGUCUGGCGGCGGGACACAAACGUGCACAAUCGAUUGAUUUUGCUGAGGAGGUGGAUGCGGAGAAGCAGGCUGUGCAUGGCAAAGAGAAUGUCGAGAAUUGA